UUUAAACUCAUAUGCUCUCAGUUUUGAAUCUUUGAGAGAGAGAGAGAGAGAGAGAGAGAGAAUGGCGAUUAACGGAGAUGAUCAAAAGCCUCUCCGGAAGAUAUCGGAGGCAUUCAUGGAGCUAGCAAACACUGUUAAGAAUAAUAGUAAUUCCCAAACACCAGAUCAAGAAGAUGUCGUCCAACUGGAGACAGCUCCCUUCUCUCACGCUUGUUCUCUUGUCUCCCCUCUCUUCGGCUGCCUCGGCAUCGCUUUCAAAUUCGCCGAAAUCGAUUACGUCGCCAAGGUUCACGAUCUUGGUGAGGCGUCGCAGUCGCUAGGGACAUUACAAUUGAUGAUUGAUCGGGAUGUGGAGGCAAACUGUGUGAGGAAAGCCGGGAGUCAUACGAGGAACCUUUUAAGAGUUAAGCGUGGGUUGGAUAUGGUUAGGGUACUUUUUGAGCAGAUUAUAACUACAGAGGGAAAUUCGUUAAAGAAUCCAGCUUCAACAGCCUAUGCACAGGUAUUUGCUCCAUAUCAUGGAUGGGCUAUUAGGAAGGCUGUUGCUGCAGGGAUGUAUGCCCUUCCUACCAAAGCUCAGCUAUUGAAGAAGCUCAAUGAAGAUGAGACCUCGGCAAGGAUUCAGAUGCAAAAUUACGUAGCUGCAUUGGCUCCUGUGGUCACAUACAUUGACAAACUUUUCCUUUCAAGAGAGUUGGGUCUAGACUGGUGAACGUGGACUGCAAUUUGUUCAGGCUGAAUUUUUUAAAUGGUCAACAUCUUAAUGUUUGAUGUGAACUAGAUUACAGCGAUUUUUUUCUGUUCACAAAUGAGCUCUAAUCAACAAUAUGAAUGUUGUAUAUUCUAGAAUAAACAUGUAUUACUGAUUGCAAAUGUGAUAGACUUAACAGGUCUGAACCCGUUCUCUC